UUUCGGCAGAAGAAUUGCAGCGCAACCACGUUCCAACGUUCCUUCACAGAAAAGGAAGCCAAACCGCUCAAACAGGUUUGUUGUGCUGUAGUAAGAUGUAGAGCUUCAUUUAGUUCCAACCAGUUUCAGCAGAAAUACUGAAGUUCUCGCUUCCCUCUUCUUUCCAUAACAAGUCCAGUAAUCUCUGUGCCCCCUUACAGCAUCAGCCGUAAAAUCGUUGCUGCAGGAUUUUAUCUGAGAGCACAAAGAGAAGGAGGAAGUCAGCUGUAACAGUGUCUGUAAAUGAUGCGUUUGUGUUUAUGUGUAUGAGGAAGAAUGAGGAAGUUUCAGGAGUCACAAAAAAGAAAGAGACGAUCUCAGGCAGUCAGAACGGUGGACGCUCACAUGGACUCAACACCAAUGCUUUUACGAUUCUCUCCUUUUUAAAAAGCACAUGCUUUCCUAACGCUCUAGUUCAUCCUUUUUGAUCCAUUCCUGCAUAUCUGACUUCUGUUCAGGUUUUUAAAGAAACACCGAUGGAUUUAGAAGUCGUACCGAAGCGGAAAAUUAGCUUAAAUUCUGCAAACAGUCUGUCAGGAACAGCGACUCACAGUCACUUUGAGAACAACCUGGUGUUUAUCUGCGAGCUUCAGCCUGCGACGGGUUCCCUGCAGACAGGCGGACCUGAAAACUUCAGUGGAAAUCACAAGUCGGUGACAGUCACCCUCCCUGCUCAGUGCAGCAUCUACCAGCUGCGGCUACGCAUCUGUAUGAAGGCACAACAACAGAACUCCCAUCCAGACCCAUUAGCAAUACUGGAUCCAGAGAAAUACUCCCUGCUGUAUGCCAGGGGGGAGGACUGGUAUGAGGCCUACGACAACUGUCAGAUUGUCAGGACCUUAGAUGUUCCAUGGUCUCGUGAGGAUUCUCAGUGUCUGACAGCAAACAUAGUUGUGAAACCACAGGUGGCAACUGAUCCAGAGGAAAAGAUCAGGCAGCAGCAGUGGCUGACCUACCUGAUUGGACACGACCUGGAGAGAGAGGCGUCAGACAGACUCGGUGAACUAACGUUCACCCGCAGAAAACUGGCAUCUCCGCGACGACAAGAGCUGAAGACCCGAGAUGACACGUCGUACACCACGGAGCCCUGGGUGACGUCCGCCCCCGUCCCAAACGAGCUGGAGGACUGGCUGGAAAGGAAGUUUUCCAUCACCCUCCACUACCUGAAGAGAAUCAGCUUCAGCGUCCAGGUGGACUUUGAUGCCACACCCAAAGUUCUGCUUAAGGUUUUUAGAAGAGUUGCGGCGGACAACGGGGUGGAGUAUGAUGCUUCUGAGGAUCUGGUGCUGAAAGUCACAGGAAGGGAGGAGUUUUUUUCCGGCGACUGCGCCCUAAUGGAGUUCCUCUGGGUUCGACAUUGUCUGGAAACCAACCAAGACCUCCACCUUUCUGUGCUUCCUGUCUCACACCUGGUGGCUGAAACCGUCAAGUUUGUUGACUGGCCGCUUGUCGAUGGGUUCAGCGGUCAGUUCAGUUCCCAUGAUGAUCUUAGCUUCAAGGGGAAGGACUUGGAUGACAUCUUCAUGAUAUCCUUGUGGGACUGCAACAGGUGGCUCAGAGUCAAGCUGCUUGGCUUCGACAUCCCAAAGCUGCCAAAUAAACAUCCUCAGUCGAUCUACGUGGAAGCAUCCAUACUCUACGGCAGCAAGGUCCUCUCCACAGUGUCCUCCGUCCCCAAGCUUUUUGCAGAUGAGGUGCUGUGGAACGAAUGGUUGGACUUUGAUGUUCUCCUCAGGGACCUGCCACGUGGAGUCAAGCUGGGUUUCACCAUUAAUGCAAGCGCUGGUGACGUGUCCCCAACAACCAAGGACACAAAGCCAGCAACCAACCGAGACUCGAAGGCUUCUACCAUCAGAGACUCAAAGCCACCAACGCUCUCGGCCAGCAGGCCAGCAGAGGCUCAGAAAGGAAAAGGAAAGGUGCUCUACUUUGUCAACCUUCUUCUCAUUGAUCACAGGUCUGUCCUCAGUCAGGGUCCCUACACCCUGCAUAUGUGGCCCUAUCCGGAUCAGGACGAUGAGGCCAUCACCUACCAAGCAGACAAGUUGUCCUCUGCUACAAACCCUGACAGGUCUGAGUCCAUGGCCAUCAGCUUCCUCUUAGACUGCUACAGCUUCCCCGUGGUUCUGCCAAACACCCUCAGCCAGAAUGAUGGCGCCUCCAGUUCCACCUCCAGCCUAUUCCAAGACAAAUCCACUCCCCCUAUGUAUGCACCGUCCACCUCCACCCCAGUGACCUCCAGCACAGAUUCUGCUCAUCAGCAGGAGGAAUCUCAAGGAUCAGACACAGACACGGUAGCUCUCAGAUCCACAUCUUCAGUCCUCAGCAAAAAGAGGGCUUGUCUCAAAAGGUUCAGAGAGGAGAGCAUCCAGUACGCCUCCAACUUGCCCCAGUUCUUGCGCAGUAUUAACUGGAUGGACCGUCGAGUGGUGGAGGACGUCCACUGGCUUCUGGGAAACUGGGAUCCCGGUGAACUGGAUGUAACUGUGGCCCUGGAGCUGCUAAGUAUGGAUUUUACAGACGAGAUGGUCAGAAGACUAGCUGUUCAGAAGCUGGAGAGUCUGUCCAACGAUGAUGUGCUGAAGUAUCUGCUGCAGCUGGUGCAGACCCUGAAAGUGGAACCUUAUCACGACAGUUUUCUGGCUCGAUACCUAAUCCAACGAACUCUCCGGAGCAAGAGAAUCGGCCACUUCUUCUUUUGGUAUGUCCGCAGCGAGGUGGCGGGGUGCCCAUACUUUCGCCAGCGCAUGGCGGUCAUUCUGGAGGCGUACCUGCUGGGAUGUGGUCAGGCCAUGAUCGAUGACUUCACCCGUCAGGUCCAGGCUGUGGAGGCUCUGCAGGAGGUGGCUGUAAUCACUAAGAGGCUUUAUCCCGAUAAAACGGACCUCCCUUCCACAGCUCCUCACAAGCUACAGGAGCUCUUAAGAAACAGCAAUCUGCCUAACGAGUUCCUGCUGCCCUUUGACCCUCGCGUUAGAGUAGGAACCAUCCUGCUGGACAAAUGCAAAGUGAUGGCCUCCAAGAAGAAGCCUCUGUGGCUGGAGUUUUCUCCAAUGCCGUCGCCCACCUCCUCCGCGCCCGUCGGAAUCAUCUUCAAGGAGGGGGACGACCUCAGACAGGACAUGCUGGUCAUUCAGACACUGGCGGUGAUGAACUCCAUCUGGCAGGAAAAAUCUCUGGAUUUAAAUCUGAUUCCAUACGGCUGCAUCUCCACAGGACAGAACAUAGGCAUGAUUGAAAUUGUGAGGAACGCUGCAACCAUAGCUGCCGUCCAGAAAAGCCAUGGAGGAACAACAGCAGCCUUUAGAAAUGAUGCUCUCUUUGAGUGGCUCAAGUCCAAGUGUCCACUCCAGGAAAUACACUAUAAGACUGUGGAGAGGUUUGUGAAGUCCUGUGCGGGCUACUGCGUGGCCACCUACGUUCUGGGAAUAGGAGACCGUCACAAUGACAACAUCAUGAUCACGGACCAGGGAAAUUUGUUUCACAUCGACUUCGGGCACAUCCUGGGGAACAGAAAGAGCUUUCUAGGUGUGAACAGGGAGCGAGCACCGUUCGUCCUCACACCUGACUUCCUGUAUGUGAUGGGCAGGGUUAAAGGUCGAAACAGCCUCAACUUUCAACGAUUCAGGGAUACUUGCUCUGAAGCGUACCUCCUGCUGCGCUCCCACUCUCGCCUGCUGGUCACUCUCUUCUCCCUCAUGCUGCUGACCGGAAUCCCCGAGCUGAGUGCUGCCGAGGACAUGCGCUACCUGCGGGAGGCUCUCCAGGAGGAACAGAACGAGGCGGAGGCCAAGGAGCAUUUUCUCCAACAAAUCUCGGCGUGUGAGCAGCUUGGCUGGACUGUACAGGCCAACUGGUGGAUCCACAUGGUGGCAGGCAUCAAGUAGCCAUCCAGCUGUCUUCUCACCUCAACACGGCAUAUCUUUUACUCUCCUAUUGUUUAUCUUUAGCGUGGGCUUUUGUGUUGGUGUUUAACGUUUCUAAGCCACUAUAACUCCAGAUCUCAUCAUCCUUCUCCUAACUUUUCUGACACACAGUGCUGGUAAUGAAAUAUUCAUACAGCAUUUAGGCUUUUAACUGUAAAAUUUAAGCAUGUUUGAGGCAAACAGUUUCUCUGUCACUGCGUUCAUGCAGUCACCUCCACGUAAAAGCAGAUUUUCACCAACAUAGAAGAUUUCAGAGAGCAUUUCAAGGCCAAAAGCUGCAGUUUCAGGAAAUGUUUCAGUGCCUAAAGGUGCAAUAUGUAAAAACAAAAUAACGAGGGCAUCUUGUGGUCAAAUGUGGUUCCUGCAGCUCAUUUUAUCACCUGUUCUGGGCGUUUCAUGGCUGUUGCCAGUUACAGAUCAGUGCCGCACGAUUCUGGAUGAAAAGCUGAGAUGAGUCAUACGCAGUAAGUUGAUAAGUAGAUAAACACAUUGUUAUAUCUGGAGUUAGCACUCUUGGGUGUUUUACGGCAGGCAGUGCUUACUAAACUUACAACGAUAGUAUGCCUGUGAUAUUACAGGAAGUGUGGUUGUUCUGAUCGACUCAUUAAAGGAAGUAAAGCGCCGCCAUUGACUCAUUAAUUUCACUGUCUUAUCCAGUUGUUGGUUACUCAAAAAGUAGCUGCAGAACAUUUUAGAGUCGACCAUUUGCUUCUAACUCACCGUUAACAUUGUUAGCUCAACGUUAGCCUCUAGUCUUCUUCACCCGAUAUUAAAGUAAAAAGAUGCCGUGGCUUCUUAGAGGUACAGGAAAUGACUUCUGGGUCGCUCCUGUUCCCUGCAGGAUAUUUCAACAAAUGAAGCUUUUUGCCUGCCGGUGUCGAACAAAUGCCAGCGCUGCAGAGUGAUUUUGGCGACAACUCGGCAGCCUCGUGGUCUCACUGACUAGAGUGAUGUCUCCCUCUUUUGUUUUUUGAAAGGAGAAAAACUGACAACCCCCCAGCCGUCUGACAAUGAAAUCAGUUUCAAUACAACCUUCCUUCCAACAUGGUUGACACAUUACACAGUUAUGUGUAGGGAUGAGCCGGAUACUCGUUUCAGACGAGUAUCCGGUACGGAUAAAGCAUUUUUGACGAAUACGAGCAUGAAACGAGUAAAACUCGUAAAUAUCCGUAAUCGUGCUGAAGGAAAAUCCUCAUUGGGUAACUGACUGUCUUCACGCUCUGUGAUUGGCCAGUCAAAUAGAGCGCCCGCCCCUCCCUACACACAAAACUCUGCAGCCGGAGCUCACAACUCAGUCUGCAUCCGGUCCAUCCACGCACACACACACAGACAGUAACGGACCUCUCUGUGCUUGCUUCACUGUUCACGUUUCUUCAGAACUCCCUAUGUUUUCUUCAGUUUGCAUCUUUUUAAAGUGACUUUAAAGUUAUUUAAAGUUACUUUUUUCAUAACGUACGUGGUGCAUUUGACAAGACAGAGCUGAAAACGGCUCGUGCUGCGUCAGUCACUGCCUCCGCUCCGGUCGGGUUUUUUUUCCCCCUCUCUCUCUCUCUCUCUCCUCUUCCUCAGGAUCCACUCCCUCUUUCCUAUUCACUCUCUCUCUUUCUUUACAUUUUUAAAUCACAAUUGUCUAUUUUUUGCUCAUUUAAAAUAUAUUUUAAUCAUUUUCCAAAUUCUUUUUUCUAUUUUACAUGUUUUGUUUUUGUGAAGCGCCUCAUGAUUUUUAUCAUGAGAGGCGCUGUAGAAAAGAUAUUUUCUUCUCUCUCUCUCUUAAUUCAUGCACUUAAAUAUUAAUGUUCUGAUUUUAUUGAAAAACUUGUUCUGUAAUAGUUCCUUUACUACUGUGAUCAAAAACAUUUAAUCUCAACUCUGAGGCUGCUCUGUUAAUAGUUUUCAAAUAAACAAUACACAUAACAA